AUGCUGAAGGUUGAGGAAUUAAAUAAAACGAAAAAGGCUGGCGGUCGGCCAACACAUGAGGGAUGGAAUUUGUAUCAUUUUGAGAAAGUUGAAGGUGAUAAAGGAAAAUCGGUGGCAAAAUGUUUGAAAUGUUUUAAUCAUCUUAAAAAUACUACGAUUUCUAGACUCCUCGCGCACCGGAAGAAAUGUGGCAGUGUUCAAAUCACAACAUCAGCAAUCACCCAGCCUACCAUAAUUCAACAAACUUACCAACCAGUUCAACAUCUUCAACAGCAACCUCAAACAUUAACAAUUACACAAAUUCAGCCAUCGUCCAUGCCACAAACAUCAACAAUCAUCCAGCAUAAUACUUCACCGCAAAUUAGUAAGAUUGAGAUAGAAGAGUAUGAAGAAGAUCCACGACAAGAAGAGUUGUGGACACAGACACAAAAUAUAGAAACUUAUGAGGAUGAAGUUGUACAAACGGAAGCAACGACAAUGGAUAUAAUUGAUGAAGAUAUUCGGAGACAUAGAAGAAGUUCUCAGGCACAUAAAAGAAAAUGCGAAAAUUCCUCAAUUGAUGGCGCGCUAUCGAGUUUUCUUAUUGGCUGUAAUUUAACAUUUGAUGUAGUUGACUCGAAACAUUUUAAAAGUUUUGUGAGCUCACUGAAUCCAGAUUACAAAAUCCCAUCAAGUUCGGAACUGACAACGAAGGUUUUGAGUCAACUUAAGGGAAUGGACAGUCAGAGUGGAAGUGAGCGAGCGAGAUCAAGUAAAAAGAGGAAAUAUUACUCAUCAGAUAGUGAUUAUGAUUAA